CGAACUCUUCUCUGGAAUAGAAAGUGAAAGUAUCGGAGGCAGAAGGCGUGCUGGGAGUGGGGGAGGGGCAGGGCUCUGUACAAAAGAGAAGCGCUCGCCGUCCGCAGGCAGAGGCACUGACAGCACAGCCCUGCUGCACUCCUCCUCCUCCUCCGCCGGCAAUCAGGCCCCGCUCUCCUCCAGACACCUGGACUGCCCCUUGAAGGAGAUUAUGAUUCAUCUCACCGCUGGCCUCCCAAGGAUCUCUAUCCCGGCGGCCGUAUCUGUGGACUACAGCGGGGAGCUGUGUGUGCUGUCAUCCUUCAUACAUCAGAAGAACCACAAAGGACGUGCAGACCUGCCGCUAAGAGGGACGCUAUGGAAGACCACAUAGGUUGGUCAAGUCUAUAGGAUGGUAGCACACAGCAAGGUGGAAGCAGAUAAUGCCGUUUCAGACCGAAGACCUCAGCACCCGGAUGCUUCCCACUCUGAGCGUUCCCAGAUCCAGCCCGCCAGAGCCGUCCAUAACAGUCCAGGGCGUCCCAGUCCCGCAUCGCAGCUCGGCGACACGCACUUUCGGACCUUCCGCUCUCAGUCGGAUUUUACCGUUAUCACCAAGACCAGCAGUAUGCUGGACACCUGUGGAUUUUACUGGGGACCUAUGGCGGUUAAUUUGGCCCAUGAGAAACUAAGGCUGGAGCCUUUGGGCACUUUCCUCAUCAGGGACAGUAGACAGAAGAAUUGUUUCUUUGCCAUCAGUGUUAAAACAGCCACCGGACCCAUCAGCAUCAGGAUCCACUUCCAGGCCGGGAGGUUCUGCCUAGAUGGCAGCAAAGAGUCAUUCAAUUGCCUUUUCCAGCUGCUGGAACAUUACAUCUUGUCUCCUAAAAAGAUGCUUGUCGCUCCUCUAAGGAAGGUCAGGUUAAGACCACUACAAGAACUCUGCCGAAAAAGCAUACUGGCGACAUUCGGGAGGCAGAACCUGGACCUAAUACCCGUCAACCGGGUCUUGAAGGACUAUUUAAAGUCUUUCCCAUUUCAGAUCUAGCACCACAGGGCAUUAACACGAGAAGGACACGCGUGUUCCACCUUCUGCUUCCUGGGAUUAUUUUUAACGUAUCUUAUUUAAUGGUGGUCAAGUUUAUUUUUGUAGCAAUUUAACUGUAUUUUGGGAUGAAACUUGAACACUUGCCUUUUAAUGUUUACAGAACCAGAUUCUUUGCACAAACUAAAAGGGCUCUCCCCCUUUUUGAAUGUUUCUUUCUGCCGUGCAGAUCAUUUAUUUUAUUACACUUCAAAAGUAAUAAAUUUUUAUUAUAAAAUAUUCAAACAACA